CUUAACGAGCCAAAUGCGAACUUAAGUUGCGCAGAGUGAUGGUCACCGCGUCGCUUCAACCUCCAAGUCCGCACUACACCGCAUCCAUGAGCGGCACCCCAGCGCUCGCCUCCUCUCUUUCCUAUGAGAUCCCGGACGAAUAUCGCUCUUUCUUCACGCCGGCUCAAGCCGAAGAGCUCGCUACGCAGUUUCGCAUUAGCGACGCUGACGGCAGCGGCUCUAUUGACGAGCGGGAGUUCCGCGCGCUGCUGACACGCAUGGGACAACAGAUCAGCGCUGCGGAGGCUGACGCGCUUGUGGCAAGCAUCGAUGUUAACGGCGACGGGCUGUUGGACUUCGCGGAGCUCGUGCAAAUGAUCGUGCGGCUCCAGCGAGGCGAUACGAAGCUUGCGGCACUCAGGAAGUUCAUGGAGGCCCUGGACACUACGCCCGUCGCGCUGCUGGAGCGUGAGGCGGCCAAGUUUGGGUUACAAGUCGUGUAUAAGUUAGUAGAGGAUGGUGCUGAUGACGUAGCACCGAAUAGCGAGCCGUCGGAGUUCCUUCAAAUGCAACUGGAGCUCGUGGGCAAAGUGUGUGGCCCGACGGGUCGAGAAUCCGUGAGCGCCAUGGGCAAAACAACGCGAGAAGCCAAGUUUAAAGCUGCUGAAGCUGCACUAGUGAAGAUUAAGAAUCUUCAACCAGGACUUGCCGUACAGCCUGGGGAGUUACCGAAGCAGUGGGAGAAUUGGCUCGUCGCCAAUAUUGAGAGAGGAGCGAGUGUCAAGAAACUGAUGCAAACACUGACACAGAAAGGGUUUUUGCUGACGGGGAAUUUGCCCUUGAUGCAGGAGAUAUCGACCAGAGCCUCGUCAUAUCGACUGCGGACCAAGCGCAAUGCACCCACUAGCAUUUACGGCGCAGCAAUCGACAGCUCUGGAGGCCCUGACAACAAUGAGACCUUUCGCUCAGGGUUACCGGUCAAGUCAUCACGUACAGCGUGCAGUUUUGCUGCAGUGGAGAAAAUGCCAUCACCUUCGGUGCAAGUGUUACACCCACAAUGGGCUCACUGGUGCCAGCAGGAGCUUGCGCGGGGAAUUGAUGGCAAUGUUGUACUGAUCGAACUUGUGUCACAAGGAUUCAUGCCGGAUAAAAGUCCGAUGUUUGCUCAGCGACUGCUCCACGUUGUCAAAAAUCGUGAUGAUCGCUACAGCAACGGUGCUGAGUCCCCUCGUACAGCAGCGUUGAAACCAUAUUCUUUCUUGCGGGUACUGGAGGAGGGUAUUCUACACGAGGUUGAACUCUUUGUGUUUGGUGGUCAAGAUGUGAACGCUCUUCAAUUGGAUGUGAACACAAAGUUGAUGCAAUCUCCUCUGCAUAUUGCUAGCAAACAUGGCUAUCAUUCUAUCGCGAAGCUGCUUCUUCAGCGAGGCGCUCAAGUUGAUGAUCUGGAUUCUUUCCAUCGCACACCCCUGAUGGUCGCUGCAAUGUGCGGUCACAGCGAAAUAACUGCGUUAAUGCUGGACCACGGAGCUGACAUAUUCCAGCUGGAUAAAUUAAAAAACUCAGGACUACAUUUGGCUGCAUUCAGUGGCAGUUCCACGAUAGCUUCCCAACUGUUACGUGCACAUGAUGACUCUUUUCGGUUAUUUAUCACGAAUCUACCGCAGCGGUGUGGCGAAUGCUAUGAGCACUUGCUGCAAAAGACGUACGAGAUCAUUAUGAAGAGCAAGUUACGAGACAACGAACGUCGCCGCUAUCAUUUAUCGUGGCUGUUUGAAUCUGUACAAUGGCUGCAUAACAAGUUAUUCGGGAAUGGGGGUGAUAACACCCGAAUCUGUAAGAUGCCAGCACCACAAAAAUCUUUCAUGGACUAUCUUGUGUCGCGCUUUCACAAAAAGCUCCCGAAACGUGGCAUUCAUGACGAACUUGCUGCCAAUAGCGGCAACGAGAGAGAGGAGGAAGAAGGAGGUACAGAUGAUGAACUAGCAAGACGUCGCAAGGAAGGCGAUCCGGCAGAUUGGCUUUCACUGUCAGAGAUGAGCUUCUUUUUGGACACGUAUCUGCGUGAAAUGUACAAGCACCUGCCUAAUCUUCAGGGUCGCACCGCACUGCACGUAGCGUGUGAUGAAAAUCUGGUGUGUACUCACGAAAGAGUGAUCCAAUGCCUAGCAGAAAAGCAUGGUUGUAGUCCCUUUCUACAAGACCACAGCAGCAAGACCCCUCUUCAGCUUCUGUUAGCGUGUCGAGGUCGGCCUGGCAGUCCAAAAGGUGACGCAAACCUUGAGGAAGAGAUAUUACAGAAGCGAGUUGAGCGUGUACGAGUGAAGGAGCUUCGUCUUGAAGAGGAACGAGUCGCCCACCGACGCAGAGUUUGGCAAGACGAGGUUAAUCGACUAGCCCAUAAUUUCAACGAUUUGGAUACUCUGAACCGCAUGCGCAAGCUGGUAAAGGAGAACGACGGCACACCUGUGGCUCGUGGCAAAGGUUGGGAUACCUACGAGGAACCUCAAAGCCAUAAUCGUCUGUUUGAAAACACUCGCAGUGGUUUUGUCCAGCGACAAGUGCCUGCCCAACUAGUAGAAGAAGGUCGGGCUCGGCUGGGCUGGAAAGAAAAGAUGGAGACGAAUGCUCGCUUCGUUGAGCGUCAUCGUUUGCGUCCAGAGUGGGAACUUCACCGAGUAAAUGGGACGGACGUGUACUUCUUUUUCAAUCGCGAGACGGAGCAUUGUCAGUGGAUUUCACCUGAUGGUUUGCCAGUUCGAGAAUGGCGUACAAAGCGCUUCUUCGAGAACGCAGAGCAGCUUGAAGACGAACUAGACCAGGCCAGUCUUGUUGUUCAGUUUUCCGGGAUUGCAUCAGCGGCAAUUGUGGAUAAUGCUGUAAAAGGUCGAACGCUUGGCAACUGGCGUGAAUGUCAGGGUUUUGGUGGUGUCACGUUUUACUUGCACGCUCUCGAUCACCGAGUUGUCGUGGAAAAACCCGAUGAAGUUAUUUUGCACGAAGGUUACCGCUAUGCUCAUGCGCUUAUUUAUGAGCGUAGCGAAGAGAUCGAACCGCAUGAUCGCGGUUGGCAUCGCUACUACGAUCCGCAGACAUCCCACACUUUUUAUUUCAAUGAACUUUCAGGAGACUGCGUGCACGACACCUUCGCUACAAAAACAUUUAUACACGAAAUUCGACGUCCGAAACGCCAGGCAAGGUUUGCUCUUACAACUGAGGAAUUACGGCGCCGGAAGGAGGAGCAAGAAUGGAAAUCAGCAUUGCAACGAGCACGGAGACACGAAGAAAGUCUUAAAACUGCAGAAGAGAGGAACAAUAUGGCAACGGAGCAGCAAAAGCGAGAGAAGGAGGAGCUGGAGAAUGCUCUGCGCCAACUGGAAAGCAGUGUCACGGGUGAACACUUGACGAUUGAUGGUGACGACGAUACCCGCGCCGAAAUGGAGACUGGCAAUAACACCAAGGAAAUAAAGAAAAGCAAGAGGAGGACGAAUACAAAGGGCAGGAGUCUGGCGUACAUUGAUGCUCGGUUCCGCCGUGAGCGUGAAGUGUUUCUGAAGGCUCGAGAGAAUCACCUACUAACCUCAAUUGAUCCAGCACGGAAGGACCCGCGGCGCGAAAUCGAACGAUGCGAAGAGAUAGAGCAUGAUCUAAAUGAAGAAGAGCUUGAAAACGCAAAACAAGAGGAUACUAACGCCAAACCCGCGAUUAGAGAGCGCCGUCGGGUUUGUCGUAUUUUGACGCGGACCGAAGAGCGAUUCCGUUUGGGUCGAGCGCCCUGUCGAUGGGGCUGCGAGCUGUGGCUUCCACGUGAAUUUAGUCUUGAAGAACACGAGCGUGUCGAGUGUCCGAGAAGGCUCAUGAUAUGCCGUCUGGGUUGCAAUGUGGUCAUGGAACGACGGCAGUGGCGUGAGGUUAUAUACGAUCACGAGUCUGAGGAAGAAGAGAAAUGCUCAAGUCGCAUAGUGUAUUGUCCACGAGAGUGUGGCAUUUGGUUACCACACUUUGAUCUAGCGGUGCCACAUAUGCGGGAUCUGUGUGUUAGGAGGCCAGUUGGAGAUUUACGAUGUCGAUUGGGGUGUGGUCAGGUAUAUCAAGGAGGGGCUCAUGAAUUGUUGGCACUGGAACAAACGCGACUUGCCCACGAACUUGACGAUUGUGACCUGCGCAAGGUGAUAUGUACAUGGCCAAAAUGCAAUGCUGUGAUUCUUGCGAAAGAUCGAAACGCUCAUCGUCGCGUUCAUCUACUAUCGUCUGGAAUUCUAAGCUUCGUGACUGCCGAGGUGCAUGAGUACAAAGUGCCACGCGAUGUGAAGCUCUUGAAAUUCCAGGCUUGGGGCGCUGGUGGGGGUAGUGGACUUUUGCGUGGCCAAACAGUAGGCCACGGCGGCGGCGGCGCGUUUGUUGAGGGGAUAUGCCCGGUGUUUCCUGGUGAAACCCUCUAUUUCUCGGUUGGAGCAGGAGGUAGUGGAGGUAAAUUUGCUCGAAUGGUUGAGAAUCCAGAUGAAGAGAAUUACGAUGCGGGGGCUGAAAACAAAACCAUAAAGAUACCUGGCGGUGUUCUCGUCACCACGCAAGUAUCUACAGCGAAAGGGGGGCUUCCUGGUGGCGGACAAGGACACAGUGGUAACAAGGAAUCUGCAUGUGGAGGGGGCGGAGGCUUUACGAGUAUUUAUCGUCAAGGUGCGUACGGAAUCGAGUACAUCUUAAUCGCUGCAGGUGGAGGUGGUGGCGGAACAUGCAGGAAUGGAGGGGGAGGGGGAGCUUGCAAAGCCAGAAAACCCCAAGAAGGUGACGACGUUCGUUGUGGUCGUCCAGGUGGAGACGUUGCGGGUGGAUCUGCUGGGAAAUGCGAUGAGUUCAACCCUAUAUGCAAAUUUGUUGGUACGAAUGGCACUUCAAUGCAGGGUGGAGAUGGCGCUGAGUUUGGAGGAGGCGGAGGAGGAGGAAUUUUUGGAGGCGGUGGGGGAGGAUUUUCACCCGGAAUUGUUGGCGGAGGUGGUGGAGGGUCUAGCUACGUUAACUCAAACCUUGUGAACGUGAAGAGCAUCCACGUCGAAGCAGGUGGAGUCAUUAAACCUGGUGGUAUGGAUGAAAACCCACCACAAAGUGUCCGAGGGGCUUAUUGGGACCUGGUCGAUGGUGUCGCUGGCGAGGGUGGUACCGGAUCGAUGCGAGGGACUGCGAGUGGAAACCAUGGAGGAGUACGGAUCGCGAGGCCUGGGUUCUUCGAUGACAUGAAGCUACAUCGCUAAUAGCCGCUGCCAUUACUUCGAAUGAACCGCUAUCUUCCUGGGAAUCGUGGUGGAAUAUAUGCUUCAGCACGGAAUGAGUAGCCACUGGUGGACAUGCAUCACUCGUUUCACCGGUGACAGCAACAACCGCAGCUGAAGUGCUAGCAGGCGAAGACUGACAUGGUGAAAUCUCACCACCAGGAGAUGGAACUGGGGCGAUUUCGGUUGUUUCAUUACCAGCUACCGAUCCAGUAGAGUGACGGCUUUUCUUUAGACUGCGACGGAGUGUAUCUGCGGCAACUGCAGCUAUAACACUCGUCUAUCAGCAAGUAUAUUGGAGGAAGCACGUCAGCUCAAAACCAAGUACAAACGGAAAAUACUGUGAUCGAUAGACGUACCCGAAAUUUGCGACGCAUGAGGUGGCGAUACUGCUGGAGGUUAUUCGUGUCGUCAGUCGAGACAGCCAAAGAUUGGCGCGACGUGCGUUGUGCCUUGAACCAUUCAUGGCUGAGUGCUUUAGCAGCAGUAGAUCGCGCUCCAGGGUCUACAUGAAGCAGCGCCGAGAUCAAAUCUUUAGCCUCGCUCGAGAUGGCUUCCCAACGAGGUCCAGUCAUGGAAAACUGUCCAGAUUGGAUGUUGCUUAUCAUUUGGUCUCGAGUCUGUCGGCCAUCGGGAUCGAAUGGAUGAACUCCGCUUAGCAGCACGUAGAGCACGAUGCCCACGCUCCAUACAUCACUCUGGACACCAACUUGGGAGCUUCGCGCUGGCUUGGGCAUUGAGGCUUCCAUAUCGUCUGGAGACUCGGAUAAUUGUGCUGCUUUGAAGACCUCGGGUGCGCAGUAGGCCCAGGUCAUCCGACCAUUGGAAAGCAAACUACUCUCUUCGACGAGUGCUGCAAGACCAAAAUCUGCCAGUUUAAUGCUUGCAAGCUUUGGACUCGUUGAUGUUAGCAGUAAGUUUUCCGGCUUGACGUCUCUGGAUCAACAAGGCAGUGAGAAGCACUACGGACAGCCCGUUUAAAGAUUCUGCCUACCUGUGCGCAAUGCCAAGCUCGUGGAGAAAGCGUAAUGCUUCAAGAAGGUCUGCAAUGAAACGUCGAGCGUCCCAUUCCGAGUACGCUCCUUCAUCAAUUAGAGCCUGGAAGAGUUCCCCACCCUCUGCAAGCUCCAUGACGAUGUAUACGAACUCACGUGUCUCCAUUACAUCGUGUAGUGCUACCACAUUCGGGUGAGAAGCACAACGACGUAAUAACGCCACCUCACGCUCCCACUGGACAGGAUCUUCAUUGAUCAGCUGCUGCUUCGCUUUGUCCAAACGUUUGAUAGCAACUAAUCCACCACUAGCACGCUCUCGCGCACGAAAUACUCGCGAGCAAGUUCCAUCCCCAAGAACCACCUCUGGAGUAUCGAACUCAUAAAACUGUGUCAACGAAGGCCAACGGCGACUUGCACAGACUCCCAUCGCUAGCUCGAACUAAAUUCCCGUUUGAUGAAACAAUGUGGGUCGAGGCCACACGAGCAUUCAAUCUCUUUAAAAAUACCAGAGUAAGACUCAUCAAG